AUGUCAGGCUUUGGCGCCCCCGGCGGUGGUGCCGCGAACUUCAAGCCCACCCCUCCAGAGCGUGGUUCUUUCCCACUUGAUCACGAUGCAGAAUGCAAACACGUCAUCUCCUCAUACCUGCGAUGCUUAAGAAGACAAAAUCCUCCUGGGAAGAAUAACGAAGAGUGCAGAAUUUUGGCAAAAGAGUACUUGGACUGCCGUAUGCAGAAGGGUCUCAUGGCCAGAGACGAGUGGGCAAAUUUGGGCCUGGACUUUGACAAAAUAGCGAGGGACGGGGAAAAGGACGGCAUGGCCGCACAUACUGAGAAGGAAGGUUAA